UGAAUUAUAUAAAGUUAAAUGGAUUUUGAGUUAAAACGUGGAAGUCUCAAAGAGGAUCUUCAAAACUUAGGAAAAUAUUUUACCCAGAUCAGGUGCAAGUACAGAUCAGGUUUUGUCUCACAAGAGCUGCUAGAGAUGUUCAAGGACCUUGCUAUGACCUUUCAGGAGCAUUUCGGCCAAGGAGAUCCUGUAAAAUCUAAUGCGCUUAAUAGCCUUAGCUUUUAUGAUAAAGUCAACAGUCUCAGAGAGGAUCCCUCAAGUUUUUGGAAUUAUUUCAAUGAAAUUUUGAUCCAAGAUUAUAAUAUGUCCGAACGGACAUUUCCAGGAAAAAUUCUGAGCCAAAAAUUUAGUCUCGAUAAUACAAAGUGCAUAAAAACCGAAGAAUCUGGCUCUCAAAGGAAAUUUAUAGACAGGAGCAUCCUUUCAGACUCCUCUUUAGAAGAUUCGAAGCAAUCUGCAAGUUGUUCUAGAAGGAGAGAAUAUUGACACAUGCUCCUUGAUAUGAAUGGAUAUGUCAUCAAAUGAAGCAAAAACGCUUCGAGAAUUUUUAACUUGAAAGGCUCAACUUUGAAAGGCAAAGAUAAAGAUAAGACAAAGAGCUCUGGAAGUGUUCCCCUGACAUCGCUUAAUUUCUCAGAUUUUAUUGACAAGGUCUCCCUUGGAUAUUUUGAUCAAAGGAAGUGGAUAAAUGCAGCUGGACAGCCUUAUAAGAAAACCGAUACCCUGAAGUUCUUGCUAAAUACAGAUUCUUCGCCGGACUCUCGUCCAAGAGGGAUUAUUUGUAAAAUUACCCUAGGAGUACUCAACAGAGGUGUACUUACCAGAGAUCAUAAGUCCCCUAAGUUUGGGUACAAGAUAAAAGCGAGGGUAUGAGACGAGAGAAGCUCAGAUGAGCUGCAUAAGAGGAUCGUGUCACCUCGCUUACCAUAUUUCUUAUAAGAGAUCUUAUAUAUAUUAAGUUAGGAUCGCUACAA